CAAGCCUUAUCCCUUACCUCGUUCCUGCUCCUUCCCUCACCACUCAUUCUCUCUUAUCGUUCUCCCGAGUCCCGAGAGCCGCCCAUGGCCACCCGACGACGCCCCUUUCCUCUCCCCUUUCAGCCAUGUCGUCUCCUGAGCCACCCAAGGCAUCUCCUCCUCGCAAAUCGUCCCCCGAUCCAGCCAUGUCGUCCGCGCCGCGCGCCCAGCAAUCGAAGCCCUCCUACCACCGCCGCCAUCCCAACUCCGGGCCGAGGCAGCAGCAGCAGCGCUACGUCCCCAAAUCCGCCGCCCCUCCCGCUCCGAAACCCUCGCCCCCACCAUCGCUCACCACCGCCCUCCGAUCGUCGGCCGCCCCAUCCGCAUCUGGCACCGGCGGCAGCAGUGGCGCCGAUGGGUUCAUGGCUUACCUGCCGCACGACGAGGCGGUCGCGGCCGGGCUCGGCGGCCUCGACGUCCAGGAGUCGCAGACCGUCGUCGACCUCCUCAACAACGCGCUCGCGUCGCUCCUCCGUGCGAAGCCUCGCGAGUUGCCGGCGCACGCGUGCGUGCACGUCGCGUGCAGAUCCGUCGAUCUCGCGUGCCUGCAUCAUGCGCGUGGCCGAGGGCGGCUGCCGCUGCACGCCGGCGAGCCGGCCACCAGGACGCGCCAGUGACGGUGCAGGCCAUGGAGGACUUUGGCUGCCGUCGUCCUCCACGUGCAGGUGCAGCUCGCGCCACGGGGAGUCCUCCUUUCCGGCGUCUUCCACGAGGCCAUUCUGCCGCAGCAGUACUCCGACGUGAUGCGUCCCGGCGGUCUCUUCCCACGACCUCGCCGGGAACAAGUCCGACCCCGUGUGGCCGUGCCUUUCAAGUUUGAUACCAAUCCGGGAUUUCUUUGGAGCGAGAUCAUGGCCCUGGACUUUUGGCAUGAAGGGAGGGACCAAGGUGAAGGUGGACGUUCUGAUGGUGUUAUGAUGAGUUUUUUUUCUUCUCAGGAUGUAACUGUAAACGUGGCUCUAGCUGGCUCCAUCCUUGUAAUAUUGCUUAAUUAAUUUAAUAGCAACUAUAUGGCAAA